GGUAAAAUUGUUUAAACAUACAAUACUCAUAACUUCAGUCGAUGCACUUCAUUCAUCCAAAUUGCACCAAAUUCACAUUCAUUCUUUUCGCUUUAUUUUAAUAUAAUUUUGUAAAUUUGAGGUCAUUUCGUAACCAUCCUUCGUUCAAUGCAUAUAUAAUUUUAAAAUUAGUGCACCGUUUCCACACCUUAUUUUUUCUUCUUCGGGUUUUUUUUUUGUUUUCGUAACUGUGUCACAACUACAUAUUAAUCAUGUUGAAAUAUUCGGUUGCAUAUUUCGUGGUAGUUCUGUUUGUUGCAAGCUAUGUAGAAUGCGGUGUGUAUCCACGGCUCUCGUCGUAUCAACAGCAACCGACUGGUCGUUUGGUAUACGGUCAACAAUACGAACACUAUCCAAUUUCAAAUAGGAGAAUCUCACCUAAUAAUCCAAUUGAUCAAUUACAAAGUGGUUCAGCACAUAAAAUUAAUCCGCGAACAACUGGCAGUGGUUUGUCAGCAUGGGGGCUAAUUACGAUCAUUAUGCUAAUCAUUGUGGUUGGUAUGGGUGGAUAUUAUGGUAUUAUUUGUUAUCCAUUGAUCUGUAAAGAGGAACGAAACUACGAUAUUAUGGAUGCAGCAUCAACAACGGCCAGCGCAAACACACCCACGCGAUCCGGCGAUUUUGAAAAACCCGGCAAUUAUAGUUCGCGAUCAACCACACCAAGUGUAAUCAUCAAUACAUAAAAUUUUAAAUUAUGACCUGAUCGAAUUCACGUCGAUUUAUGAUUCGAAGAAAAAAGAAAACAAUUCAGAACUCGUAACUCUAAGUUGCCUAACCGAAUGUAUCAUCGCAUGCAUUUAUUUUUACAAAACAAUUGUUAAGAAAACACCACCUUUUCGGCCAUACAUGAAAUCCAAUUUUUUAUGCUUUGGAUUAGUCUUUUGCGCAGUUAAUUUAGUAUAUAGACUUAUUUAAGACUGAGAAAUUUCAACUUUUUACAUUCUCACCCAGAAGUAUUUCUUAAAAAAAAAUGACCAUUUUUUUAAUACAAAAACAAA